ACAACCCUAACACUACACCCUCCACGGUUGCUGUAUUUUGAGAUUAUUUUCUUAUAGUCGUAAAUUGGCCGAGAUCAGAUUUGUCGGGAAACGAAAGAAUCUGGAUGUCAGAUGAACAUGAUCGUAAAGUCCACUUCAAUUGUUGACGGCUUCCAGCCUCAAUGAACCUGUAAUUCUUUCUACCUGGGUGGGAAGAGUAUGAAUUGCCUGCCAAAGCGUUGGUAUUCAUCUUUAAUUGAUUUUGCAAGCAAAAUCCCUAGCACCACCUCUGCCACAAAUGAUGGAAUUUUGGGAAGGGUUAAGUGGACUCCUCUUCCAAUACCCCAUCGAAAAAUACCUGAACCUAGAGGCCAAGAUCUUGAUUUUGUGAAUAUUGCUCACAGCCACCUUUUACACUUAGACUGGGCUAAGCUUGAUGCAUUGGCAGACGGAUUAACCCCAUUCAGAAUCAAACACAUUCUCCUGAAGCUUCACAAAGAUCAUGUGCUUUCACUGGAAUUUUUUGAUUGGGUUGAACUCCGGAGGCCCCAACUCCACACGCUUGAUACAUAUUCUAUAAUUCUUCAUAUUCUCACCAAGGCCUAUAAAUUCAGAACUGCCCAGUCUCUUUUGACGAAUACUGUCAUCCCGAAAACUCUAGAUUCACCUUCUAAGCUUUUUGAUGCUGUACUCUAUUCAUACCGCCUCUGUGAUUCAUCUCCUCAUGUUUUUGACUCCCUUUUUAAAACAUAUGCACAUAUGAAGAAGUUUAGGAAUGCCACAGAUACCUUUCGCCAAAUGAAAUUACAUGGGUUUCUCCCGACCAUCGAGUCUUGCAAUGCUUAUAUGAGCUCAUUGAUCAAUCUACGACGAACAGAUAUUGCCUUGGCAUUCUAUAGGGAAAUGAGACGGUGCCAGAUUUCUCCAAACAUUUAUACUCUCAAUAUGGUUAUGUGUGCUCUUUGUAAACUGGGGAGAUUAGAAAAGGCUAUGGAGGUGUUUAAUGAGAUGGAAACCAUGGGUUGUACACCAACUACUGCUUCUUUCAAUACAUUGAUUGCAGGGUACUGUAACCAUGGAAAUCUCAGCUUGGCUAUGAAGCUUAAAAGCACAAUGGAGAGGAAUGGGUGCCACCCAAAUGUUGUGACAUAUAAUACCCUCAUCCAUGGAUUCUGCAAAGAAGGGAAAUUGCAAGAAGCAAAUAAAUUUUUUAGUGAGAUGAAAGUUAUGAAUGUCACUCCUGACACUAUAACUUAUAAUACCUUAAUAGAUGGGUACAGUCAACUCGGCAAUAGUGAGAUGAGUGGUAGGCUUUACGAUGAGAUGUUGAGGAAUGGAGUAAAAGUUGACAUCUUGACUUACAAUGCCUUGAUUUUAGGACUGUGCAAGGAUGGAAGGACAAAGAAAGCUGCAUAUCUGGUUAAUGAGCUUGGGAAGGAGAACUUGGUUCAAAAUGCCUCGACCUUUUCUGCCCUUAUUAUGGGCCAGUGUAUGAAACAGAACUCUGAGCGUGCUUUUCAGCUAUAUAAAAGCAUGAAAAGAAGCGGCUGUCAACCAAAUGCUGGUACUUUUAAGAUGUUGAUAUCUACUUUUUGCAAGAAUGAGGAUUUUGAUGGUGCAACCCAAAUCUUGAGAGAGAUGUUGGACAGAUGUAUAGCUCCUGAUUCAAGUCUUCUACGUGAGAUUUGUGUAGGACUCUGCAAGUGUAGAAAAGUUAAAUUAGCCACAAAGCUCUGCAAUGAGAUAGAGGCAAAACACUUUAUGCCAGAGGGUUUCAAUAGAGCUGAAUAUAUCAUUGAUGAACCAGAAAUUGAGAGCAGAAAGGUAAACCCAUAAGGUUGUUUAUGCUUCUGUACAUCAACAAAAACCUUAGAAAAUUCAGCAAGUAAUUUAUUAAUUGCACAUUUUGACCAAUCUUACCAGUCUUAAGCUUUCUGUUACUUUCAUACUCUCCAUGGAGGUUUAUGUUGGUUUUCUUUGUGUGUCAGCCUUCAAUAUCCAAGUUGUCUUCAGAAAACUCUCUGUUUUCCCAAUGCUGCCGGUUGACCAGAGUAACUUCCCGCAUCAUUAACAUGGCUGGUGGUGAUUGGAAGAUGGCAUUAAUCCUUGUGCCCUCGUCUCCAGUGAAUAAUUUAACACUUACCAUUGUUGCACGAAAUAUUGCUUACAUUAUUAAUGCUGUGAAAGAAAAACUGCCAAGAGAAUCUCCAGAGGUC